UCACGCGCAGAUCACAAAAUGAUUUCGAAACAUUUUUCCGUUGUUUGCAGAAAGGACAGUUUGCAGCAGAGCAAAGCGUUGUAUUUUUGCUGCAAAAAAUAGCACAAACAUGAACUUCUUAGUUUUAUUCCCCUUUCUGAUAUGUCUCCUGCCUGUACGCGGACAGGAAGCAAAUCUUCUAAUUUCUGUUAAUCCUGAUACGCAAAUGCUUGUUGACAGUCUAGGAAGAGAGCGUUUUUUUCAUGGUACAAAUGUUGUGGUAAAGCACCCUCCAUUUCACCCAGAAACAACAGGUUUUGGUCCUACCACAUUUUCUGAGAAAGAUAUGCAGAUUUUACAAGAACUCGGACUCAAUUCUAUACGCUUAGGAAUGAUGUUACCAGGUUACGUUCCCAAAAGAGGUCAAUAUAACGAGACAUAUCUUCAAGUUAUCCAAAGCAUAGUUGAAACGGCUGCUAAGUAUGGUAUUUACACAUUACUUGACAUGCAUCAAGAUGUAUUUUCACCAAAGUUUUGUGUUGAGGGGAUGCCUGACUGGAUUGUAAACACAGGAGACGCAAAACCUUUCCCAUAUCCAUUUACAACAGAACCGUUUAAAAUAAACCCAAGUACUGGAUAUCCAUAUCCUGAAGAUUGUCAAAAAUUUCCAUGGGGAAACUAUUAUUUCACAGAAGCUGCGUGUAAAGCUUUUCAAAGUUUGUACAGUAAUGUGGAUGGACUUCUUGAUGAGUGGGCCAUGUUUUGGAAGAACACUGCCAAGGGAUUCAAAGGUUAUAAUAGCGUGAUCGGUUACGAGUUAAUCAAUGAACCCUUCUGUGGCGAUAUCUAUAAGAAUCCAUUAUUGUUAGUUCCCGGUGUAGCGGAUAAACUUAAUCUCCAGCCAGCUUACGACGUUCUGCAGAAAGCCAUACGAGAAGUUGAUGAGCUACAUUCCAUCUUCUUUGAAGGUGUGACUUGGGAUUUCUUUGCUGUUGGUUUCACAAAAGUACUUGGUGGUGCAGAAUACCAAAAUCGUAGCGUUUUAAGUUACCAUUACUAUGAACCUCCAGAUUUUUCGAAAACUUUAAGUUUUGCUGCUCGAAUGGAAGAUUUGAAACGAUUAAAAUGUGGAGGAUUUCUGACUGAAUCAUUAACCGUUGGGAACGAUUUCACUGACAUGUAUAAAAUAUUUGCUUUAUGCGACAAGUACAAGCAAAGCUGGCAUGGUUGGGAGUAUUAUGGCGACACCACACAGAACUUAAAACCUAACUCUAAUCUGUCUCAUAAUAAAUUCACAAAGAAUAUUGUUUUAGCGAACUUGUCCCGCACUUAUCCACAAGCUGUAGCAGGUAACACGGAAAGCUACUCAUUUAAUCAAGAAAGUAAGUCUUUUGAGUUGGUAUAUACGACAACUUUAUCUUGUCACAGCCGUCGCACGAUAAUAUACUUCAACAAAAAGCUACAUUAUCCGAAUGGUUAUCGGAUAUCUUAUUCACCGAGUACUCAACUUCACGUCAGUUACAGUAAAAAUAGAUUUUUGAUUUAUUUGGAUCAUAGCGAUUCUUUGCCACAUGGGUUACGUGUUUCGUUCCAACUGGUAGCUACCUAAAUCAUAACCCUCCUCCAUUGUUAACCUAAAUCAUAACCCUCCUCCAUUGUUAACCUAAAUCAUUAUCCUUCUCCCUUGUUAUGCGCAGCACUCACGUUCUACUAGUGUAUGCGUAUUAUUAGAUUGACAUUGAUUAGAUUGACAUUGAUUGACAGUAUAAAACAGAUUUUUAUACAUUUUGUUUUUUUGUUUGUUUACUUGUUUGUUUUUUAAGCAAUAGAGAAUUGUUUUCCAAAUUUUAGUCUCAUACAUAUGACACGAUGAUCUAGGAACUUUAACAACUCAAUAUUAUUAAUCAAGGUUAAGCCUGCGUCCGAAACAACAUAAAGUUUGGGAGUAUUUUGUGCUCUUCUCGUGGCAUACGUUGGAAAAUGUAACUAAAUUUUCUCUUAGAAAUAAAAUUUUCUACCUAUCUUUCCCCUCCUCUACUUUUUUUUUCCAAAAUUUUUUUUAUCUAAGUCGUACUUUCUUUAUUUUUUUUAAGUAAUAUCUUCCGCUAUUUUCCUUUUUAUCGAUUAUUUUUCUAAUUUUUUAAAGGUGAUAAAAUUGCUACUUAUUUGGGAAAAAGCUUGUCCAUUAGCGUUUGUAAUUGUAAAAAUUUUUGGAGUUGUUUUACAGGAAAAGUUUAUUUUUAAUUUAACUGUUAUCGCGAACUUGACAUGUUAAUCGGGAAAAACGACUAAUUCGAAAACCAAGAGAAAGAAGCUAAGUAGCUAAAUAUUUUGCAAAUGACUGGAUUUUUCUCCUGCUAUAUUUCCCCAACUUUUUCUCACCCUCUCUUUUGUUCGAAUUGGCACCUGAAAUAUUUCUUGUGGUAAGGUAUUUAUAGUGUAAAAUUUUUAACGAUUUUACAGAAUUUUGGAUAUUGAAAUUAUUAUUAUUAUUAAAUAUUUUAGCUAUUUUUUUAGAUUAUUUUUAAUCUUAUUUUUUACUAAUUUAUUAUUCAGUUUGGAUUUUAUGAAAUUUUUUAACUUGAUUAAAAUGUUGUCCUUUCAUAAAACCAACCUCCACUCGUUGCGCAAUUCAGUCUGUAGUACACGAAAACCUACUAUUCGCGAGCCCUAAAUGACGUAACCAGAAGAUUUAAAACUAAUCGCAAGCGAACAGUUGCACAAUUGUUUUCAAAAUGACGUCUCAAAAAGAUAUUUGUUGUUGUUCUUACAUAUUUAUAGUUUCACAGUCUUCGCUAAGAAUUACGUGCACGCAGACUAAACACUUCGCGCAUACGAGAGUUUGGUGAGUGGAGGCCGCCCUAUAAACAGACAGAUUAUUUGAUAUCUUAAUUUUAUUAUGAUGCAAAUAUUAAUAUAAAUCUGAAGCAAAUACAUAAAUUAUCAGUUA